AUGGACUCUACUACCAAGGAGAAGGAUAUGAGGCAGCCGGACUUGAUCAUUCCGUACCAAGAACCGGCCGCCAAAGGCGACAAUGUCGAAUUCCAAUCCACAAUCUCCUCCACUCUUCCAAUGGCUGCCAUUUUCCUGCGGAACAAGUACAUCGGGUGGGCGGCCGUCGUUUUUAGCAUCCAAAGCUGGCUAGGAGAAAGCGAAGAGACCAAGAAGAGCAGCAGCACGCCAGGCUACUUCAAUGUCGGCAUGUCAUUGGUAUCCUUGAUCGUGACCUACCUUCCUAUCUUCCUCCCACAGCCCGGCGCAAAGCAGGGCAGCCCAACUGGCGUCCCGGCCCCACUCCCAGCAUAA